GGAGGAUGAAAAAGAGCGGGAGGCCAUGCUGAAUGGCCUCACUGGGUUCACGGCUCUCUCUGUUCUCUGUCUGAGAUUUGCAUUAGGAGAAGCCCCGGAAGGCGCUUUGGGGAGAGCGAGACGGCGAGCGGGACAGGGGUGCUCCCCCCGCGGGGCGGUGGAUGGCACAGCCCGCCCGCCCCGCUCGGCCGAACCCGGAAGGUGGCGGCGCACAUGGGCGCGGGGCCCGGGCCCGGGGCCGGCACCGGCACCGGGAUAGGGAUCGGGAACGGGGCGGGAGGAGCCGCCGGGGCCCUGGGCGCUAUCGUGGCUGCUCUCUACACGGCCACGCUGCCGCCCGCCCUGCCCGGCGGGGAUGCGGGGGAGCUGAUCACAGCCGCAUAUGAGCUUGGAGUCGCCCACCCUCCUGGCUACCCCCUGUUCACGCUGCUGGCCAAAGUGGCCACGGGGCUGCCCGGCGGCUCCCCCGCCUUCCGAGUCAAUCUCCUCUGCGGCUUGGUGGGAGCAGCUGCUGCCUCUUUGCUUUUUUGCACAGUUUUCAGGCUUUCUGGCUCAUAUGCUGGAGGAAUCCUUGCUGCGGGGGUGUUUUCAUUUUCUCGUCUAACAUGGCAGUGGUCCAUCACGGCGGAGGUUUUCAGCUUAAACAAUCUGUUUGUGGGGCUGCUGAUGGCUCUCACUGCUCAUUUUGAGGAGGCAUCCACUGCAAAAGAGAGAUCAAAGAUCUCUAAAUUGGGUGCCUUUUGCUGUGGGCUCAGUCUGUGCAAUCAGCACACCAUAGUGCUUUAUGUUGCUUGUGUUGUGCCCUGGGUUCUCUCACAGCUUUUCAGAAAGAGGGAAUUGUCCUUAGGCCAUUUGCUGAAGUUGGGUUUAUGCUUCUUGGCUGGUUUGCUGCCUUAUCUCUAUCUGCCGGCUUCGUCCUACCUCAAUCGAGCCCGCUGGACAUGGGGAGACCAGACGACUUUUCAAGGAUUUUUGACCCACUUUCUGAGGGAAGAAUAUGGGACAUUCAAUCUGGCCAAGGCUGAGACAGGAUCCAGUAUGGGAGAGAUGCUACUUUUCCAGCUGGCACAGAUGAAGUCAGAGCUCUCCCUUCCUGUCCUUGCCCUGGCAUUGGUGGCCUGUGUGAGCACAGCACUGCCACUGAAAAAGCAGCAGAAAUCAGCUGUGAUCUGGCUCUUCACUGGAAUGCUCUGCCUUUAUUCCCUUUUCUUUGCUUGGAGAGCAAAUUUGGAUAUUACAAAGCCUCUGUUUCUAGGUGUGGUGGAGCGGUUCUGGCUGCAGAGCAGUGCUGUGGUGGCUGUGCUGGCAGGGCUGGGGCUGGCCACGCUGGCCAGACUUGGGAGGGGCACUGUGCUGCAGGGCACCUGGCUGCUGCCAUGCCUGGAGUGGCUUCCUGCUCUUGCCCUCGUGGCUUCUCAGCUUUGGGCAAAUUACAGCACUUGUGAUCAGAGCAACAACUAUGUUGUUGAUAAGUUUGCAAGGAACGUGCUGGCCUCCAUGCCAGUGGGGGCAGUGAUCCUGCUCAGAGGAGACUUGCCUGGGAAUGCUCUUCGUUACCUUCAUUAUUGUGAGGGGGUGAGGCCAGAUAUCACCUUAGUGGACCAGGAGAUGAUGACUUAUGGAUGGUAUUUACCCAAGCUGGCAAAGCAUUUACCUGGCGUUCAUUUUCCCGGGAACCGGUGGAAUCCUGUGGAAGGAGCAUUACCCGACGGGACACUCGCCUUUAAUCUCCAUCGUUUCCUCAAACCUGCCCCGAAACGUGCCCGUGCUGAUGGGAGAUGUGCUGGUAAGGAAGUGUUUGUCUGCAUAGGUCUUCAUGAAGGGGACUCGACCUGGAGAAGGAGCCACUCGCUGUGGCCCUGGGGGACAUGUGAAAAGCUGGUUCCUUCUGGAGCUGUGUUUGACCCAGCAGAGUGGAUUCGUCUCACAAGGAAUCUCUAUAACUGGACUGAAGACUAUGGCAGUUUCAGCCCCUCUUCCUGGGAAGCUGUUGCCAACGAGGAGAUGUGGCAAGCCAGGAUGAAAACAGCUUUCUUCAUCUUUGACCUCGCAGAAACAGCUAGUGUGACUGCAGAAAUGAAAGCACAACUUUACACAUUUGCAUACACUUCAUACAAAGAAAUUGUCAGCUCCCAUCCCCAUCAUCCAGUGAACUGGCACAAAAACUUCGCCAUCGCCUGCGAGAGGAUGCUGCGCCUCGGCCGGGGGGACGUGGACCCUGAAAUGCUGCUCUCCCAAACUGUGAAACAUUUCCUGCUCUACACCCAGAAGGCAGAGGAUGAUCCCCAGCGCCAGGACAUCCUGCAGGCUGUGCAGCACCUCAGGGAGGAGCUGCAGGGGCUGAGGAGGAGGAAAGCAGAGCUGAGGCGCAAAGCUGGGUAGCUCCUGGUCCUGCUGAAAUGUUGGAGUAGGGACUUAAAAUCUGAAUUAGUCCUUGGCUGUGUGAGAGUGGUUUUAAAAGGUGGCAGAAAUGGCAGCAGAGAGGAAAUCCAGUAUGAUCCCCUCAGCAGGAACAUAGUGGUGUUCGAUUUGUGUUGGCAAAUGAACUUUUUUUGGGGUAGGGGAGAAACUCACCACUAAAUAAAAUAUCAGGUUUCAAAAAAAGAGAGUUUUCUUUUACAAGAAAACUAUGAGGUUGUACUGUGAAUAUAUAAUUAUUUUUAUGAAUGCAGCAUCCAUUCUAGAUGUAAAAAUGUAUUUAGCAUUUUAUUGUUUCCUCUGUUGCUGAGCCAAGAGGUUUCCUAAAGCCAUUUUUCAUUA